AUGGAAGAGUCCUUCAGAAGGGAGCAGAGCAGUUACCCUAACCCUAACCCUAACCCCCUCCUCAUCCACACUUCGAAUUCGCUUCUUCGCACAUCAAUUUGGGAGAGACGCAUUGCCAAUACGCAAUGCAGCGGCGGCCACUCCUUUAACAACCAUACCUGUCACAACACAGAAUCCACCAAGGCAGGCCACACACGCACAUCAAAAGAGAAAGAGUGCUGCCCACGGGAUCUGCAGAGCCAACAGACCACACACUCACUCGCAGUACACACAAGAGGGCGUCGGACCGAUUUCACCCACACGCAGUGUUGCCCAUUUCAAUACCUCGAUGCUUAA